AUGGAGAGCCCUAGACCAGCAACCCUGCUACUGCCUCUCCUACUGCUGCUCAUCGGCCUCUCUGCCUCUUCUGGGAUUGGCUGCCCCCACCUGCCACACUGGAUUACCCACUGUCUACUGGCCUCUCACAUGGACAGGAGUUUUCCUGGCCUUCAGAGGGCCUGGUUCUACCUCCUGCUGCUGAAAUCCAAAAAGUCUUACAAGUUCAAGUCCUCUCAGAGGCACAGGAUGCCAGCAUCUUCUCAGUGGAAGCUGCUAGGUAGCUGCACCCUGUCUGAGAAGGACCAUCAUAUUUCCAUCCCUUCCCCAGACAUCUUUCAGAAGGGGCUGCGCUCUAAAAGGACCCAACAUUCGGAUCCAGAAGUAGUGGAGAGUCUCCCCAGACCAGGUUCACAAAGGAACGAAGGACCUGAGUUCUCCUUUGAUUUUCUGCCUGAGGCACGAGCUAUUCAGGUCACCAUUCCUCCAGGCCCAGAGGUCAACGUGCGUCUUUGCCACCAGUGGGCACUGGAGUGUGAAGAGCUGAGAAGUCCCUUUGAUGCCCAGAAAAUCGUUCCUGGGGGCCACACUACAGACUUGCCUUAUGAAUUCCUUCUGCCUUGUCUGUGCAUAGAGGCAUCCUACCUGCAAGAGGACACUGUGAGGCGCAAAAAAUGUCCUUUCCAGAGUCAGCCUAAAGCCUAUGGCUCCGACUUCUGGAAAUCAGUGCACUUUACUGACUACAGCCAGAGCGAUCAGAUGGUCAUGGCCCUGACACUCCGCUGCCCACUGAAGCUGGAGGCCUCCCUGUGCCAGAGGCAGGAUUGGCAUGGCGUCUGUGAAGACCUCCCCAAUGCUACUGCUCAAGAGUCAAAAGGAUGGUACGUUUUAGAGAAGGUGGACUUACACCCCCAUCUCUGCUUCAAGUUCUUCUUUGAAAACACCAGCCAUGUUGAAUGCCCCCAGCAGAGUGGGUCUCUCAUAUCCUGGAAUGUGAGCAUGGACAUCCAGGCCCAACAGCUGGUCCUUCACUUCUCCUCGAGGAUACAGGCCACCUUCAGUGCUGCCUGGAGCUAUCCAGGUUUGAGGCCGGACACCUUGAUUCCCCCUGUGUACAGUGUCAGCCAGACCCAGGGCUCAGGCCCAGUGGCAGUGGACCUCAUCAUUCCCUUCCUGAGGCCAGGGGGCUGUGUCCUGGUGUGGAGAUCCGAUGUCCAGUUUGCCCGGAAGCACCUCUUGUGUCCUGAUGGUGCGCCCCACUCUGUUCAGGUGUUGCUCCCGCCCUCAGGCCGGGGCAGAGCGCGACUGGUGCUGCUCCUGCACGCGGCGGACUCAGAACCUCAGCAGCGCCUAGUGGGAGCUCUGGCUGAACUGCUUCGGACAGCGCUGGGCGGUGGAUGCGACGUGAUUGUAGACCUGUGGGAGGGGACACACAUGGCACGAGUGGGCCCAUUGCCGUGGCUCUGGGCGGCGCAGGCGCGCGUAGCACGGGAGCAGGGCACCGUGCUGCUGCUGUGGAGUGGCGCAGGCCCUGGUCCCACCCAAGGCCUGGAUCCUGGCGCCACUUCCCUGCGCGCCUUGCUCCGGGCUGCCCCACGCCCGCUGCUGCUGCUCGCUUACUUCAGUCGGCUCUGUGCCAAAGGCGACAUUCCCCAGCCGCUGCGGGCCCUGCCGCGCUACCGCCUGCUCAGAGACCUGCCGCGCCUGCUGCGGGCUCUGGGCGCUCGGCCUUCCACCCGAGCCACCAGCUGGAGCCACCUUGGGGCUCAGCAGUGCUUGCGUGGCCGUCUGGAGCUGUGCCGCCAACUAGAACGUGAGGCCUCCAAAUUCGGCUGCCAAAGCUCGGCGGGGUUCCACCGCAGUCCCAGAUGUUUGUGGCCACAGUCUGUAGGGGCACUGGCUGGAACCCCAGAAUGAGCCUUUGGACCUGGAUUCCUUAGGGGAUCUCUUGAGGACUAUUGACAGAAAAGCCUUCUUGUCUGCCUCCUAAUCCAAGAGGCCUAGCCUGGGCCUCAUAGUUUUGAGUUUCCUUUUCAGACUUGCUUGCCUCUUACAAACUCUAGGGGAGAGAGGCGCCCUUCAACUGAGAACUCAGACCCAGGUUCUGAUGGAGAGAGGGCCCUCUUCCCACUCGAGCUCUCUAAAGCUCCAGGAAGAGCUGUCUGCCAGAGCUCUAGUCCAUGCUGGAGAGGAUGGGGCAAGGGUGGUGACUGCAAGAGCUGUCAGUCCUUCAGGGGGUUGGAAGAAAACCACCUGGGGCCAGGGUUCUCCAUAUUUUUUGGACCAAGGGAGGACUCUUGACCAAGGAAAAGUUGCUUUGGUCCUGGGUGACAAGGCUAAAGGUGGAACAGGAUCCAGAGAUCCAGAAAUAUGAAUAAAAGUGUACAUUAUAAAGGAAGGAACACAACAUGCUUCUCUAGUAUGGCUGGAAUGCCAAGUUGGGAGAGGGU